AUGACAAGCGUGUAUUUUACAUAAGUUCACCGCAUAACCUCAAAACAUUCAAGUUUUUCAAGUGUACAACUUUUAGGAUAAUAAACAUGCUUAGAACUUUUCUUCCAAGCGUAAACGCACGGUUUUUAGCGUUGAAUUUUGAUUGUGCACAGCAUUUAUGUAAAAGAUACGCUGGUCAUUCCAAAUGGGCGAAUAUUCGCCACACAAAAGGUGCUAAAGAUGCUCAGCGUGGUGCAUUGUUCACAAAACUAGCUCAAAAGAUGAAAAUAGCUAUUCAGGAAGGUGGAUCUACUGAUCCUAAAUUGAAUAUAAACCUGGAACAAGUCCUCGAACAAGCUAGAAGAGCAAAUAUGCCUGGGGCAACUGUGCAAAGCAUCAUAAAAAGCGCCUCUACAAAGGGCACAGGACAAAAAUACCAAAUAGAGAUUAGAGGUCCUGGAAGUUGUAUAGUGCUUGUAGAUCUCUUCACUGAACAUAUACAUCAUGCAAAGCAAAAUAUAAGCACAAUUAUGAAGAAACACGGUUCAAAAUAUGCAGAUGGUGGAGCAAAACACUGUUUUGAACAAAAAGGCAUUGUUAUAGCCGAGCGUCCAGCAGGUAAAGACGACGCAGUGAUUCUAGAAAAAGCCACCGAUGAUGCAAUUGAAUGCGGCGCUGAAGACGUGAAAAUAAACGAUGAAGACCAUCUCGAGUUUCACUGCGCUGCAAGCAGUCUGAAAAACGUCGCCGCGGUUUUAGAGAAAACCUAUAUUGUUACAAGCGCUAGCGUUGAAUAUAUCCCAACAAUUGGUCAGGAAUUAACUGACCAGGAGAUGACCGACGCCGCAAAGAUGCUGGACAAACUCGAAGCACUACCGGAAGUCAUCCAGACCUAUAAUAAUAUAAUCUAAGCGCAAAAUGUGUACAUUUAAUGUAAAAUCCGUGAAUAUGAAUAUGAAAAUGGUAUUUUGA